AUGGGUGUAACAUCACUCUGGCCCCUCCUCGCGCCCUCUGCGCGCCCAACCCCCCUACCCACCCUCAACCGCAAGCGCCUCGCCGUCGAUGCCUCCAUCUGGAUCUACCAGUUCCUGAAGGCUGUCCGCGACAAAGAAGGGAAUGCUCUGCGCAACUCGCACGUCAUCGGCUUCUUCCGCCGCAUCUGUAAGUUGCUGUACUUCGGCAUCAAGCCCGUGUUUGUGUUUGAUGGCGGGGCACCCGUGCUGAAGCGGCAGACUGUACUGCGGAGACGGCAGAGGAGGGAGGGUAAGGUCGUGGAUGCCGCGCGGACGGCGGGGAAGAUGCUUGCUGUGCAGAUGAAGCGGCGGGGGGAAGAGGAGGAGGAGCGCAGGAAGAGGAAUGCUGGAAAGGGCAAGGGAAGGGAGGUGAGAGAGGACGACGAAGAAGCGAUCCCCGACGACGCGGAGCUGGUGUAUGUCGGCGAGAUGGGUAUGUCGUCCGCGGAACGCAACAAGAAUCGUACUUUUCGAAAAUCAGACGCCUAUCACCUCCCCGAACUCGCGAACGGGAUCGAAGGCAUGGGCCAGCCAAACGACCCGAGGAUCAUGUCUACAGAGGAGCUGGAGGAUUACGCGCGGCAGUUUCACAAUGGGGAGGAUGUCAACUUGUACGAUUUUUCCAAGAUCGAUUUUAACGGCGACUUCUUCAUGUCCCUGCCGGCGGGUGACAGGUAUAAUAUUUUGAAUGCCGCACGGCUGCGGAGCCGCAUGCGCAUGGGAUAUGGUCAGGAACAGCUCGAUCAGAUGUAUCCGAAUAAGAUGGAUUUCUCACGGUUCCAAAUCGCACGGGUGAUGGAGCGCAAUGAGUUGACCCAACGACUGAUGAACCUGAAUGGCAUGAACGACGCCUUGCCUGGUGUUGGGGGCGGAGCUGGGGGAGGAAGGAUUGCGGGGGAGAGGGGGCGAGAGUAUGUUUUAGUUAAGAAUGAAGGCGUGGAGGGGGGCUAUGUGUUGGGCGUUGUGGGUGGGGAGAAAGGGGCGGGGGAGAGGAACAAGCCGAUUGAUGUCGAUGCGGUUCCUGUGCAACUCAAAGACGACAGUGAGGAGGAGGAGGAGUUCGAGGAUGUUCCUGUUGAGGGCCUGAAUCGCCUGCCGAAUGUAAGUCCGAGCAAGAGGCUCAAUAUGUCCUACCGGGAUUUCCAGGACCGGGAGAUAGCUGAGCAGCGGAAGCGAAUUGGUGGGAGGACGGGUGAAGAGAGCUCGGCACAAAGAGGAUCCUCGGAGGAAAUACCGCUUUCGCAACUCAAUCGUAAUCGACUACCCUCCGAGGACCCGGAUUCUCUUUUCGUGUCUCAGUAUCCAGCAGCAGAGUCAUCACGCCAUGAUGAGCUGUUUGAUGAAGAUGAAGACGAUGAUAUUAACCGCGCCAUUGCCCUCUCCCUACAACAACCUGACGAUGCCGACCUCGAAAAUUCAACGGACGAAGACGAGCAUCUGGAGCGCGCAAUCGCCAUGUCUCUCCGCAAGCAGCACGGAAAAGAGUCGGAAGAAGAUGAAACGGAUGAUGUGUUCGAAGACGUACCCAUGCCAGCGUAUGAGCAAAGAGCUGUUGAAGCUACGAAACCGAUUUCGAAGGCCAGUGGAGGUAUGAUUGCGCAUAUGGUUAACAACCGGGCGAAUGCUGCUGUUGUGAGACCUACGGAGAAGGAGAAGGAGAAGGUGCUGGAGGAGACAAGUGAUAGUGAUAGCGAGAUGGAUAUGCAAGCCGCAUUAGCGAAAGCUAGGAGACAAAAGGCGCCCGAUAGGCGGACCCAACCUGCUCCUGUAGCGACAAACCAGAAGAACCCAUUUGACGGGCCCUUACCGUUUGAGAGCCUGGGGUCGAUCUUCAAGAGGAAACCUAUGGCUCAAUCGACAGAUAAGCCUGUUGAGGGCGAUGAAGAGGAAAAAGAUAUGGAAGGUGGCUUUGAGAGAGAACCGGUGGAGGAAGAGAGAGAGCCGAUUCCGUGGAUGGCGGCGGGAGAUAUCAGAGAUCAGGUUGAGGUCCAGCGGAAGCGGGAUCAACAGCUCAAUGCUGAGGAUCGGGAGAUGUUGGAUGAGGAGGAGAGGGACUGGAGGAGGAGGAAUGCACCAAUUGUGAUUGAGAGUGAGGAUGAGGGCGGGAGUGGGAGUGAUGUGGAGAUUGUGGACAGGCCGGUGAGUCUUAAAGGGUUGGGUAGUAUUGCUGGGGAUCUAAGGCCUGCCUCUCAUGCUGCACAACUGUUUGAAGACGGACAGCCUUUGGUGGAGUCUGCUGGUGAAGCGGCCGAGACCGAGACAUUAGGGGAAGUCGCUGAGAAUACUAGAGCUAACCCUCCUGUUUCGAGCAUCCCCAGCGAUAGACAAUCUACGGAGGUCUCUACUGAAAAACAACCCGAAGCCCCAGAGGACGAGGAAGUCGAAUGGUCUGAGAGCGACUAUGGAGACGUAGCAACUUUGAAAAGGGUAGUCGAUCCGAAGCAGUCAGCUGGAGAGAGAGCAGAUGCACCCACUUCUAAAUGCCCAUCUCCUGAAUCUGAAGACGUCGCGAUGGCACAGCCGGUAUCCGAAGUUGGGAACGAAGCACCAGUUGCCAGAGCUCCAAGCCCAAUAUUGGAGGAUGCCGAGAUGUCAGACCCGGCCUCUGCGUUUUACACAAACAAUCCUGCCAGUUUGAGUGGUAUGGAACUUGCCGCCGAAGAACGAACCUCCAUCGACGCCGAAUUUGCUGUCGAAGCAUCUACGUCAAUUGCUCAACCAGCGACUGAACUUACCGCCCAAGAACAAGCCUCAAUCGGUGCCGAGUUCGACGCUCUAAGCUCCGACGACGAAGAAUUGAUGGCUUCCCUGGCCCUCGAAGCAGAAACGCACGCCCAAUUUGCUAGCACCCUCAACAACCGCACAGACGCCGAAAAUCAAGCCUCCUACGAGCGCGAGCUCAAAGCCCUGCGCAAUCAGCAGAAGAAAGAUCGCCGCGAUGCAGACGAAGUUACUACAGUAAUGAUAUCCGAGUGUCAAGCCCUACUUCGGCUAUUCGGCUUGCCGUAUAUCACCGCCCCAAUGGAAGCAGAAGCUCAAUGUGCUGAGCUUGUGAAUCUUGGCUUGGUGGAUGGUGUAGUGACGGAUGAUUGCGAUAUCUUUCUCUUUGGGGGAACGCGAGUCUACAAGAACAUGUUCAACUCGAACAAAUACGUCGAGUGCUAUCUAGCAUCUGAUAUCGAGAAAGAGCUCUCCCUCUCGCGUGACCAGCUUAUUGCGAUUGCGCAUCUGCUCGGGAGUGAUUACACAGAGGGCUUGCCGGGUGUGGGACCUGUUACAGCGAUCGAAAUACUGAGUGAGUUCCCGAGUAAAGAUGGAUUGGAAGAAUUUAAAGAGUGGUUCACGUCUAUCCAACGCCCGCACGCCCCGCCCCUCAACACCGAAUCCUCCACCUUCCGCAAGAAGUUCCGCAGGCAGCAGGCUACGAAACUUUUCCUGCCCACAGGCUUCCCGUCCAAGGCCGUGACGGAAGCGUACUGGAAGCCCGAGGUUGACAAGACGCCCGAGGCUUUCCAGUGGGGCGUUCCCGACCUCGAGAAGCUGAGGGAUUUCUUGAUGGCUACGAUUGGGUGGAGUCAGGAACGGACGGACGAGGUCCUCGUCCCCGUCAUCCGCGACAUGAACCGCCGCGAGCAAGAAGGCACGCAAAGCAACAUCACGCGCUUCUUCGACGGGGCGGUCGGCGCUGGUGUGAGAGGUGGGGGGGCCAAUGGUAACGGCAAUGGCGGGAAGGGCAGUAAGCGGAUGAUGGACGCGGUGGGGAGGCUGAAGGCGCGGAAGCGGGCGAAGAAGGAUAGUAAUCCGCUUGCGAAGACGUAUGCGGAGGUGGGGAUUGAGUGGGCGAAGAAGAACGAUAUUGGGUGGACGGAGCGGGAGCAGGCGAAGCUGUGGGGGAAAGGUGGGGCCGGGUCUCGUGCUAAAGGAAAGGCUGCGAGUGCAAGGGGGAGGAAAAGAGUUGUAGAGCAGGAGGAUGAUGAUGACGAAGAGGAAGGAGGCGAGGAAGAAGAGGAAGAAGAGGGAGAGGAAGAGAUGGUUAAGGCCGAUAAUGAAAUUGACGAGGAGGAUAUGGGUGGUGAAGACGGUGAUGACGACGAUGAUACAAGGACUGGUAAUGGUAAUGGUGUUAGGAACGGGAACGGGAAGGGUCAACAAGGCAAGGGGAAAAGCAAAAUUCGAGGUAAAAAUGACCAAGGCAGGGCGAAACAAACUUCUAGGAAACGAGCGAAGGUCUAG